AUGUCCACCUCACCCCAAGACCAGGCCGGCCAGGGCUCUUCUGGAAGCAGCUCUUCGCAGAGCAAUACGCCAGCCCCUUCUACCGGUACUAGCGGCACUUCUCAGUCAUCUUCAUCACAGCAAGCUACUCCUGCUCAAGAUGAUAACCUCAUCUGCAGGUGGAAUGCUUGUAACCAAAAGUUCCAGACCGCAGAGGCUCUCUAUGACCACCUCUGUGAGCGCCAUGUUGGUCGUAAGAGCACCAACAACCUGAACUUGACCUGCCAGUGGAACCAAUGCAGGACAACGACGGUUAAGAGAGAUCACAUCACAUCUCACAUCCGUGUUCAUGUGCCGCUGAAGCCUCACAAGUGUGAGUUCUGCGGCAAGUCUUUCAAGAGACCGCAGGAUCUCAAGAAGCACGUCAAGACACAUGCCGAUGACUCUACGCUUGUAAGGUCACCUCCGGACCAGUCCAAUGGUCUCAAUGUAUACAGAAAUCAAGGAAGUAAGGCUCCCUCCAGCUACUACGACCACAAUGGCCAGAUGAGGGGAAAUCCGGCCGCUUUCCACCACCAGCCCACCCACCCCAGCUACUACGGCGCCCCCCAACCAUCCACCAACUACGGACUGUAUUUUAACCAGCAGCCCAUGAGCGGUCCCCGCCACGACUAUCUCGGCCACAACGCCGCCGGUGGCUUCGACAACCGCAAGCGCCAGAUGGAGAUGGUCGACAACUUCCUCGGAAGCGCCAAGAGACGCCAGGUAGAGCCCAACUCGUAUGCCCAGAUCAACCAGUCGCUCUUGCCGCUCCACGGGAUGCUCUCCGUGUCUAACGGACCUCUGGCGCCUACGGGUGACUACAUGCCUGGACCGGGACCCGGCAUGCAGGGGCCUGUUGGCGGUGGUGGCGGCGGCGGUCCCGCACCCUCGGGUCCUGGGCCGUUGACGCAGAACUACUAUCUCCCGCCUAUGCCUAAUGCCCGCACACAGAAGGACCUCAUCCAACUUGACCAAAUCCUGGAGCAGAUGCAGACGACGGUGUACGAGCACGCCAACCAGGCCACACACGGAAUCCACGUCGUCGGCAACAACACCGUCGACCUGCGCAACAGCCCCUCCCCCCCCAUGACGCACCAGCGUGGUGGCCAAGCAGCAGCGGCAGGCACCGCCGCCGAGGGUUACAACACCGUCGUCCCCAUCUCAACAGCACACAUGGCCUCCCCUAUCACGGCCGUCUCCUCCACGGGCACCCCCGCCGUCACGCCCCCCUCUAGCGCACUAUCCUACACCUCAAGCCAAUCCCCCAGUCCAUCCACCUCGAGCAUGUCCCCCCGCUCCUCCGUCACAUACCCCAGCCUACCGGCCCUCAGCUCCGCCUUCCCGGGGCAAUCCACAACGGCGACGCUGGGCCCCACUUUCGACAUGGACGAGCGCCGCUACCACUCGGGCGGUCUCCUCCAGCGAGCCAACCACCCACCCUUGCGUUCCGUCCCCGAGAUCCUCCGCGGACCCCCGCCCCCUCUCCCCCUGCCGCCUAAGUCGGCCCCGUCGCCCACCUCGCCGGGUCUCCGUGCUACUGAUGCUCGCUCGCCCUCUGCCGAGUCCGAUAACAGCGAGACGCGCGAGCGGGAGCUGAACUAUGACAGAUGGCUGGAGAAUAUGCGCACUAUUGAGGAGAUUCGCAAGUGGAUUGGCGCGAGGCUUAAGAAUGGGGAUUAUGAGCGGGAGUCGCCCAAGUCGCCUUCGCCUAUGGACGUUGACGGGCAUGAUUCGAGGCCGAAGUUUAAGGCUGAGCCGGGUCUUUACCCUUCGCUUCGGAUGCCUGGAAACUGA